ACGCUAAUUACGUCAUCUUUGAGCGACGAGUAACCGUCUUCAAAACAAACAUGUAAGCUGCCUAACCAGCAGCUGUUUAGCUGUACUUCUGCUCAUUUGUUAGAGCUCAGUCGAGUUUUUGUUAGCUUUAGAUUUUUAUGCUGAUGUUUACAAAGUUUUUUGUCGAUACUUUUACAGAAUAAAGUUGAAGAUUUUGAGUUUAAAUUUCGCGCUGUUUGCUCCGCCUCUGUUCAGCUUGCCUCUGCUUUAUGGAGGUUGGUUCCCUCUGUCAGGUCAGGAACAUAGAGAAGUGAGAGUGAAUUUUAUUCCAGUGAUUGUUUAAUCGGCAGAGACAUUUUUUUAAUGGAGGUGACGGACAUUGGAAACAAAGAGGAAGGGAAAGUAUGGCAUCGUAAACCAACACCCGGCAAAAGCGUGUUGGCGACGGUGGUCCGCACUGCUCAGCAGUCCAAGACGGUGCGUUUCCUCCAUGUGGCCUUCGACACCACAGGGGACUCUUUCCUGGCCGGAGAUCACCAUGGCAACAUUUACUUCUUUGACAUCAGUAGAAACAGGUUCCGCUUGGUGCUGAGGACAGGACAAGCCUGUACUGCUCUGGCAUUCAGCCUCCGCAGGACAACUGAGUUUCUUGUAGCUCUGGUUGACCACACCAUCAAAUGCUUUGACAAAGACACGAAGCAGCUGGUCAGCUGGAUGAGAGGUCACGAGGGAGCCGUCACUUCCAUAUCCGUCCACAGCUCAGGCCGAUACGCCAUCACGACAUCAUCAGACACAGCUCAGCUCUGGGACCUGGACACCUUCCAGAGGAAGAGGAAGCUGAACAUCAGACAGUCUGUCGGCAUACAGAAGGUUUUCUUCCUCCCCCUCAGCAACACCAUCCUCAGCUGUUUCAGCGACGACUCCAUCUUUGCGUGGGAGAGCGACACCCUGUUCUGCAGGUACCAGCUCCCCGUUCCCGACUCCGGACCCAGGAUCUUUUACAAGGCCUUUGCCGUCACACGAGACGGUAAAAGCCUUGCUACCGGGGGCCGCUCCAACCUGCUGCACCUGUGGUGCCUGGAGAGUCAGCAGUUGGUCAGGGUGAUCCAGAUGCCGUCUCAGGUCCGAACUGUCAGGCAGCUGGAAUUCCUGCCUGAAAGCUUUGAUUGUGGAGCCAACCAGACUUUAGGGGUGUUGAGCCAGGACGGUGUGAUGCGGUUCAUCAACAUUCACACAUGCAAACUCCUCUUCCACACGGGAUCCGUGGACGAAGCCAUCACCGCCGUCGCCGUCGGCCCCAACGGCCGACACAUGGCAGCCAUCAUGGACAACGGAAGCAUCAACAUCUACAGCGUCCAGAGCCUGACGCAGGAACUGAAGAAGCCUCUUCCGUCUCGGGUGGCCGUAGUCUCUGGCGAUGGAGCUGGUCACGACUUUUCCAACAUAAAGAUGAAGGUUAGGUCAGAGGCGGUCCGACCAGCCAGGCGAUCAGGCAGAGGAACACAGGUGAAGAUACUGAGACCCCCUGCUGCAGGCUCUUCAGCUGAGGACAAAGAGAACGAACUACCUGCUGGCCUGAACAAGAAGAGACUUGUAGCUCUGCUGAAAGCUUUUGGGGAAUUUCCAGCUAAAUACAGGAUGUUUGUGUGGAAGUCUCUGCUGUGUCUCCCAGAGAACCACGCAGCGUACAGCAGCCUGACCGACAAAGGCCUGCAUUCAGCCUUCCUCACUCUGCAAGACAAGUACCCAAUCAAGAGCCAGAAACUGCAGAGAGGAUUGCAAAGGCUUCUGUCUGCCUUAGCUCACUGGGCAGCCAUUUUUUCAGAGGUGGAAUAUAUUCCUCUGCUAUCGUUUCCUUUUGUCAAGCUUUUCCAGAACAACCCCAUGCUCUGCUUUGAGGUGGUGGCCACCGUUAUCGUGAACUGGUGCCAGCACUGGUUCGAGUACUUCCCCAACCCUCCUCUGAACAUCCUGAGCAUGGCGGAGAACAUUCUGGCUCAUCACGACAAGGAGCUGCUGGAGCACCUGAAGGACUGCGGCAUCACCACGCAGCUGUACGUGUGGCCGCUGUUGGAGACCAUGUUCUCCGAGGUUCUGACGCGCGACGAGUGGCUCCGGCUGUUUGACAACGUCUUCUCCAACCAUCCGUCCUUCCUGCUGAUGGCCUGUGUGGCCUACGUCAUCUCCUGCCGGGAACCUCUGCUGCUGUGCUCCCAGAAGAAGGACUUUGAGUACUUUUUUCACCAUCGUAACAACCUGGACGUUGCGGCGAUGAUAAAGGAGGCUUACAGGAUUACUGGCAGCACGCCGGCCGCCAUCCACCCCCGAACCCUGCUCUCCGACUUUACGCCCCUCACCAGCGGCCAGUACCCCAUCUUCAACCAGUACCCAGAAUUCAUAGUGGAAUACCAAAGCAGGGAGAGGGAGCGAAUACGGCUGCAGGAGAUGGAGUAUCUAAAAGAAAGGGAGGAGCUGUCGGCACUGCGAGCUGACUUUGUCCGCCGCCAAGCGGAAGAGAAAGCCUACUUCGCCCAGCAGGAGUUGCUUCAGAAAGCCGAGGAGCAGCGCAGAACCAUCCUGGCACAAGAGGAGGAGAAGCUCGCACAGCAGAGGGCAAAGCUGACAGCUAUGAAGAGAGAGCUGAAGGUGAAGGAGCUACACCUGCUGGACGCAACUAGAAGGCGCUUCCUGAAGCACCAACAGGAUCUCCAAGCCUCGCAGAUACAGAGGCUGGACCAGGAGAUCAACAGGAAGAUGGAUCAGCGGGAGCAAGAGACGGCCGCAGCGGUUCAGGAUCUAGAAGUCAGACAGAUGGAGCUGGAGGUGCAGAGGAAACGGCUUGAGCAGGACCUGCUGAAGAAGCAGGAGCACGUCGGACGAAAGGUUGAAGAGGAGGUGCAGCUGAAAAUGAGAGCUGCAGAGAGAGCAGACAAUACUGGCCCAGAGCUGCUGCACGGCGCAGAGAGCAACCUGCAGGUCCUAGGGGAGUCCCUGGCAGAGGCGUACCAGCAGGGCCUACAGUCGGACUGGCAGAGAGAGGUGUUGGGGCGCCUGCAGCAGGUCGAAGCUGAGCAGGAGAGGAAGAGGGAUUUGCUGGCAGAGCUUCAAAGAAAAACUCUGGCAGAGGAAGAGAAACUGGCUCACACCGUGAGAGAAGUGGCAGGAAGAAAAUGGGAUGAAGUGAUGAAUAGCAGAGCAGAGUUACAGGAGCAGCGACUGGCCUGGUCCACAGCAGACACAGAAGGAGAGAGACUUCUUCACAGACCAGCUGCUUCUGUUGCAGCUAAAGGCGUAAAUACAGCCACAGCGAGGAGCUCUGCUGCCACCCAGAGGCAGGAAGGCACCAGCAUGGUGUGUCUCAACAGCACUUCACCUUCAGGGAGCUCCACCACCAACUUCUCCCUGGACCGCGGCCGGGCCCUCUUGGACAGCAGUGAGAGGGAGCUGCUGAAGGAGAUCAGGGAGCUGAGACAGAAGCUGGCAGCGCGAGCCAGAGAGUCCUCCACUACCUCCUCACCGUCUGUGCCCACGCCGUCCUCUGCGUCCUAGUGACCACCAGCUGCCUUCUGUCGCCUCCCCGUUUAAGGAAACAUAUUCUGAACCUUUUGCUUACUGCAGCAAAACACAAACAGUGACUCAGACCGUGGAGCGUGCUGACUGGCUGCUGCGUGUUUAUGAAUCAUCCGCCCUUCCAUCUCUGGCAGGUUGUGGGUUUACUUCACGCAGAUGAACUCAUGCAUGAGAAGAUUCCUUAACAACAUCAUUGAGCGCAGUUAGAAGUUUAAUUUAUUUCAGUUCUGGGUAGAAUUUUGUGAACAAACGAUAAAAUGCGUCUCCUGCC